UCUUGGGUCACGUGACACUCAAGCUACGGGAAUUCGACGUCGAGGCCCUUGAGCGAGGCUAGCGCGAACGGAGCUUUCAAAAUCGAACUAGCCUCAGAAAUAGCUUUGUACAGGACCUAAGUCAUAUUCGUGUCUGUCUGGCCGUCUCGCCUGUGCGAUGAGACUGUGUCGAGUAGCGUUUUCAGACAGCCGUUGAAAAAGUGGAAUUCGCAUUUCGGUACCCUCGAGGACGAUGAACCGAAAAGUGAUCGAACUCAAAGUGUGAAUGGAAGAUUUCAGUGAAACUUAUGGCAGAAACAACGUAAAUAAUGGCGUUGCCAGCGGUUGCCGCCUUAAAGAGCAGUACCAAAACUGCCGAAAAGACUCAAGAUAUUAAAAUAAAAGAGGAAAAGCCCGAAGAUGCUGAAAUCAAUGAGAUUGCAGCAAAGAUUGUUCAGCAAAACAAAGUUAGGAUGGCAUUUGCAGCUGCGGCUGCAGCAGCCACCUCUAAUUCACCUCAUGCCAGGGUAAAUCCCAGUCAACCGAGUAGUAGUGGAGGAGGUAUUCUUAGCUACUUACAAAAAAAUAAUAGCAAACCGGUAACAUCACCACCCCCUACUUCGCCUUCACCCCAGGCAGAAAAAGUCCCUUUAGAUGUCGCUAGCCAAAAAGGAAAAUUUGGUUGGGUGCUUUUAGGAGGAGAACAUAUACCAUACAUACAGAGAGGAGAUGAGAAGUAUUGUGCUGUUAGGAUGGUUGAAAUGAAACUACUACUCAAAUAUCUUAAUUACUUAAAUUCUGAUAUUUAUUCAUGCACGUGUAUUCGGAGUUACUAUAUCACAGAGCACGAGGCAAAACUUUUAACAGAAAUAAACCUAAAACAUUGUGAAGGACGGUUCGGAAGAGACCAUUUCACGACAAAGGACCUUGUUGUUAUGUUAAGCGAUGCUAGUGAAUUUUAUGAAUUUUUAGAUCUUUGUUAUACAAAGUUAGUUAAUCCUAUGAGUUCCAAUACAAAAGAACGAUGUGGUUUUGUUAGGAUAAACAAGGAUUCGGUUGUUCCUUACACAAUAAAAGAUGGGGAAAAAUACGUUCCCUUGUUUUAUUUUGAAGGUGAAACUGAAGCUUUGUUGAAGAAGGCUGCAACAUUAGGACCUUGGCAUUUAGCAUAUUUAAAAUUUUGUUGUAAAAUUCAAGGUAUCCGGAAUGAACUUUUUUCUAAUGAUAGUUGUCAUGUGAUAAGUUUGCAAGACAUCAAAUCCUAUUUUCCACCUGGGACUGUAUUCGAUGAAUACUGGCCUCCGAAAAUACAAGCUUCUCAAUUAUUUGCCGCUAAAAGUAGUGGCCCACGGACAAAUCAGCUUUCAUGGAUCCAAGCUCCAGGGACACCUACGUCAACUUCUUCCAAUACUCAAGUCGUCAAGGACGUAAUAGAGACACCGAGAAUGGCACCUCAAGUGGCAAUGUCUAACAACAGAUGGCCACCCACUGUCCAACCUAGAUAUUCACAAGACCUACCUCCUUCAUCUAGAUUACAACAGCCAGCAAAUCAACUGCUAAAUACAUCUGCCGGAAAUAACUCAAUGAGGCAGUUCAGUGGUAAUAGAAUGCAAUAUACAUUAUCAUCUCAACCUUAUUUUGGAGAUCCUGUCAGCCGUGUCAGUGCAGCGAAUGUCCAUCACACUAUGACUGUUGUAAGUCAACCGACAACCACACUCCGGGGUUCAGCUGCAAAUUCAUCCAUUCCGUCUGGAACAUACAGUACGUCUGGUAUAAACAACACAAUUUCUCAUGCAAACACCUUGCCCAUUAUGAACAGAACUAUAAUGCCUCAUCCUCACAUGCCGUACAAUCCUCAGCAUAAUAAUAAUAACAACUGUCAGAAGCAUCCUCCACCUCUAAUUCCGGUCAAUGGCAGUACACCACGGUUUUUCAGGCCUGAACUCAUAGACUUGUCAUCUCCUCCACACUCCCCUCAUAGGACUCCAAGAACAAUGGACAAAACUCUGGAAGAAAAAUAUAAAAAUUUACUCGAAAAUAACCAUGCCGUCAUGGAUGGAAGAACUAGUCAUCCUGAUAAUAACAAGGGGCACCUUCAGGGUGCGAACAAUUUUUCAUCAUUUUACCCACCUUACGUUUCAUACGAAGGAAUGGUGGCACAACAAAAAAAGGCAGAUACUAAAAAGAAUGAUAAAUCUCUUUAUGGCGCCACAAAUAAAACUAAAAAUAACAAUGAUGGCUGGCAUAAGUUAAUACCAAUCAUGGAAACGCCAGUUAGAGCGACCAACAUUCCAUGUCCAUUUAAAAUGCAGAAAGCUCUCGUUAAUGGAAAAAUGGUUCCUUGCAUUAAUGCCAAACCUCACGUUUAUUCAGAAUUACUUAUGACUGUUAAUGAUUUAAUGGAGCAGUUUUUUCCUCAAGUCAGCAUGGAUAAAUGUAAAGAAGUUUUACAGAAUGUGUUGCAAGUAAACCUAUACUCUGGAAACUCGCAAAUGAAGGAGGCUCUUUUAGAAGGUAAAAAAUUAAAAAAUUUCAAUGACGUUUUGCCACUCAUACAACUCAAAGAUGUCAUGCAAUACAUGCCUCAAUUAAAAUAUGUAAUGGAAGGCGGUAGUGAAAGUGCUCCAAAGCGACCGAGACUGUCUGAAAGCCAAAGCUAGGAGUACGCAGCGGUCAGCAAUGCAUCUUGCUGGCCGUUGGAACAGGAUUGCAGUUCAUGUAACAAGCAGCAUAGUAUUUCUUGGCCUCCUGAUACACGUUAUACUCACUAUUGGUAACUUGAAUAGUGCUACACAGAUUUGAGUAUGAAACUAAAAAAAAAGAAAAAAAA